CUCACUGGACAGGAAGUGACGUUGAGCGGGAGAGAAGAAGCUAAGUUGCAAACGUGCGCUGGGUACUGCGGCUCUGCCUGGCUCGCGCGGGGCCGGAGAAGAGUUUUGUGUCUCCCGGCUCUGGGCAUGCGCAGAUCAGGGAGGAGGAAAGUCCCGCAUGCGUAGAGGCCGCGUGUCCCGCUACUGGUGCCUGGGGCCGGGGCCGGGGCCGGGCGGAGCAGGAAAGUUUGUGCCGGUGUGUGACUGAGAUCAAAGCUCUUAUUGUAUUGAGCGUGGCUCUGUUCUGACAACUGCUGCAGAGACCCCAACUGAGAUCUGGGCCCUGUUUUGCCUGGCACUGAAGCGACCCCAGGCAUUUCAGCCGCCACCUCUGCUAAGGGUCCACUGAGCUGUGGCCUCAGCUCUAUCAUGUACUGGUCUGUAGGGAUGCUGUACCCAUGGCAGGUCCUUUCAAAAUUUUCUUAGAAGGCCUCAGUAUCAUCACUUGCCUUGCUACAGAUUAACAUCCACAUUUUGCUCCAGAUCAUCCCAUCCUCCCAGGGGGAAGGAAAUGGCUGCAGUGGAGCUGGCUCAGGAGCCGGUGACUUUCAAGGAGGUGGCUGUAUAUUUCACCAUGGAGGAAUGGGCUCUGCUGGACCCUGUUCAGAGAGCCCUCUACAGGGAUGUCAUGCAGGAGAACUAUGAGACGGUGACCUCUCUGGCAGGGUUUCCAGUUUCCAAACCUGAUGAGAUCUCACAGCUGGAAAGAGCAGAAGAGCCGUGGGUCCCAGACCUCCAGGGCUCUGAGGAAGAAGUGCUUCCAAGAGCUGCCUUCCCAGGUAGUGAUCUAUGUCUGGAUUCUCUGUGUCUCCCAUCGGGUGAUGGGAUGGUGAGUCAGACUGAGGAGGAGAAACCCCAUCAGGAAGAUGCUGAGCAAAGAGAACCACAUGGGACAUUAUCAUUAAGAUCCAAAGGGAAUGUUUCCGGGAGUUGUGCACUCCCAGAAAAACCAAAAGCCUGUGAGACUCAGGGGAGGCCAGAGGGAAACUUUAGUAGCUUCUCAGACCUUAUAACAAGCGACAGAAUCAACUCGGAAGAGAGACGCUACACAUGCCAUGAGUGCGGGAAAAGCUUCAAUGAGAGCUCUACCCUUAUCAGACAUCAGACAAUCCACACAGGUGAGAAACCUUAUGGAUGCUCUGUUUGUGGGAAAUGCUUCAUCGAUAGUUCAGCCCUCAUCUCACAUCAACGAAUCCACACAGGAGAAGCGCCGCACACUUGCUCAGAGUGCGGGAAAAGCUUCAGUCAGAACUCACACCUUAUCAGACAUCGGAAAAUCCACACAGGAGAGAAGCCCUACACGUGCGAUGAGUGCGGGAAAAGCUUUAGUAGGAGCUCACACCUUAUCAGACAUGAGAGAAUCCACACAGGAGAGACGCCCUACACAUGCGCGGAGUGUGGGAAAAGAUUUAGUCGGAGCUCACACCUUAUCAGACAUGAGAGAAUCCACACAGGUGAGACGCCCUACACAUGCGCGGAGUGUGGGAAAAGCUUCAAUCAGCGCUCGCACCUUAUCACACAUCAGAGAAUCCACACAGGGGAGAAGCCAUACACAUGCUCUGAGUGCGGUAAAAGCUUCAGUUGGAGCUCUGCCCUGAUCACGCAUCGUAGAAGCCACAGAAGGGAGAUGCUCUGAGUGCAGGAAAAGGUUCAGUCAGUGCUCAAGCUGCAUUAGCCAUCAGAAAAUCCACAUGAGAGAGAAUUGUAAUAAAUCCCUUGACUAGAGUUGGCCAAAAAAAUUUUUUUUAAAAAAUCACAUUUGCUAAUUCCCACACAGAGAUUUUUCCACCAUCUUCACCGUGGUCUCUCAGCUCCACCAGAUAAGUUGCCUGCUUCUGCCUUUUGCAGCUCAUCCUCCUUUGGGGUCAGUCCUAUGAUCUUUUCUAUCAACUCCUUUCCUUUUGAGUCAUAGGAGUGUGUGUCCCUCUAGCCAGGAAUGUUCAUCAGCUCCAGGCUGGGGAGAGAGAGGUUUGAUCCCAACUGUUGCAACCCUAAACCUUUGCUGAAGUUAUCGGCCUGGCCAGUUGUCGGUCAGAGCAAAGCCGUGCCCAAAUAAGGCAAGAGCCUUAUAAGCCAGAGCUGUAUGCAGUAAUGCAAGUGUAUUAUAAAGAAAGGAAUAGCAUUCCGGGUGCCUGUCCCUGUGAGCCAUAUAUAGACAUGCAAGCCUGUCUCGGACAAAGAAGUAGCAUGCCGUGUGCAGCCUCUGCUGACAUAGGAGGCCCCAACCCAGCACCUGGAAGGUGAAGGAGCUAGGGACCAAUCCGAUGCUGACAUAUGUAAUGGAAAACCAAUCCGAAAUCGACACGAGUAAAAGCCCCCAGACAAAACUGUAGCCUGCGCAAAGUCAGUAGGAGUUUUCUGCGUGUCAGCUCAUCCUUUCAGCCAGGAGACCCCUCCAUUUUUGCCGGCUCAUGUCGUAUUGUGUCAUAUAAACAAAACCACAUCCCCCAAUUCGUCAUGUCCUUGGGGUCUGUGCUGCUGGUCAGUUAUGUCUGGGUUGUGGUACGUAUUCUGUAACUCCUGCAAGCAGCCUGCAUUUGCUAACCCACCCCCGUCUCUACCCCCCUUCUUGUGUUUCUUGCCUGCUGUUUUAUUAUGGUCAAGUUUGUUUUUAUAACUUGUUUUAUUGCCUUGUCUUUAUCUCCCUCCUUCUGCUUUCUGCCUGCUGUUUUAUUCUGUGUAUAAGGGAUACGGUUAGCUUUGCUUUUAUAGCCUGCUCUUUUUUUUGCUUUCCCUUUUUGUAUAAAAAAGUAUAUAGUUUAAGUUAAUAAGAGCGAUUACUAAUAAGUUAGUUUCCCUAGCCUAAAGUGUAACUAUCCCUGCUAAAUAAACGCAGCCAUUUGGCUUUAAAUCCUA